UUGCACAUUAGCAGCAACGCAAUAAGUCGUCAAUUUUUUUAAGUGAAAAAAGUGUCGAAAUGGCUGAUGGUACUAAUACUUCGUCACAUGAACGUAAAAGAAAACAAAUGCAGAAAAGAGAACAACGUUUCCGAGAAGAAAGGGAGAGACGGGAACAACGUCGUCGUGAAGAAGAACGGAGAAGACGAAUGGAACAACGUCUCCGUGAAGAAAGAAUAAGAUUUGAGCAACGCAGGCGUGAGCUGAGACGCCAAUUGAUUGAAGAAGCAAAGAAGCAGCAAGAGCUGCUACAGGAGCGAUUGAGACAGGAGGACUUGAAGAACGAAGAACAGAAGAAAGAACAGCAGAAGAAAGAACAGCAGAAGAAAGACGAAGAAAAUAAAGAAAACUAA